UUUCACGCUGAAACCAGGGAUCCCUGUUAAUAUUCUCUGGGGUGUUCUUUUACAUUUCGCUCUCCACCAAAAAGAAGUAGCACCAACCUACCAGGAGACUUGGACUAACGAAAACUUCUGGAACCCUCCUCUCUCUACUACGUAAUUUUAUUUGUUUCUCCUAGGCUUGUGCCUAUAGAUUCCACUGGCAUUUCGGUUCAAAUUUGUAAACUUCUCUCCUAUUCUGCGAGAACACAGAGAGAGAGAGAGAGAGAGACAGAGACAGAGAUGGCGGAACAGGUAGAAGAACGAACUCUCCAAACAACACCAACAUGGGCUGUGGCCACUGUUUGCUUUAUUUUGAUAUUGUUAUCUAUCAUAAUUGAGCAUUUGCUUCAUCUUUUGGCUAAGUAUUUCAACAAGAGAAGGAGGAAGGCACUCAUACAGGCUCUUGACAAGAUCAAAUCAGAAUUGAUGCUUUUAGGUUUCAUGUCCUUGUUGCUAACUGUGAGCGAAAAGCCUAUAGCAAAUAUCUGCAUCCCCAAGAGUGUAGGCGAAACUUUUCUUCCCUGUGGUAGUAUGACUUCCGGUGAGAGCGAGGAAGAAGCCAAAUGUGCUGAGCAGGGAAAGCUCUCUCUGUUGUCCAGGUCGGGUGUGAGGGAACUCCAGUUCCUCAUCUUUGUGUUGGCUUCUUUCCAUUCCUUUUCAUGCAUACUCAUUUUUGGGUUAGGAAUGGCCAAGAUGAGGAGAUGGGAGAAUUGGGAGGCUGAAACAAGAACCCUUGAAUACCAAUUUUCAAAGGAUCCAAGAAGGUUCCAGCUCACCCAUCAAACAUCAUUUGGCAAGAGGCAUCUCAGAUAUUGGACUGAACACAGCCUUCUUCGAUGGCCGACAUGUUUUCUGAGGCAGUUUUAUGGAUCUGUCUCAAAAGUGGAUUAUCUCACUCUCAGACAUGGGUUCAUUACGGCACAUUUCGAACAAGGUACCAACUUUGAUUUCCAGAAAUACAUAAAAAGAGCUUUGGAAAAAGACUUUGGGGUGGUGGUGGGGAUAAGUUUCUGGAUUUGGAUACUCUCUGUUUUUUACAUAUUCUUCAAUGCGCGUAAAUUUCAUAGUUAUUUAUGGCUUCCAUUCAUACCUUUAGUGUUGUUACUGUUGGUGGGUACAAAACUGCAAGGCAUCAUAACUUCAAUGUGCUUAGAUAGCCAUGACAAAUCUCAUGUUGUUAGGGGAACUUUGCUGGUUAAGCCUAGUGAUCAUUUUUUCUGGUUUAGCAGCCCCAAAUUGCUCCUCUACCUCAUACACUUCAUACUGUUUCAGAACUCCUUUCAACUGGCAUUCUUCACCUGGACUUGGUUCAAAUUCGGUCUAAGAUCAUGCUUCCACCGAGAAACAGAGGAUAUUGUCAUAAGGCUUGCCAUGGGAGUGUUGGUACACUUCCUUUGUGGCUAUGUAAUACUUCCUCUAUAUGCUCUGGUCACACAGAUGGGCACUUCGAUGAGGAAAAGUGUUUUCCCAGAUGAUGUGGUAAUCGGUCUUAAGAGAUGGCGAGCCAGGGCCAGGAAAAACCUGAAAGCAUCCUACUCAACUGGUCCUCCAUCGCUUGAUGCUUCCCUUCGAUCCCUUGACAGUUCACCGUCAUUCAGCCUCGAUGCCUCGUUCACUGUAGACUUAGGUAGCUCCUCGGACUCUGAACAUGUUGCCAUUGAAGUGAUGAAUGAAGGGGAAGAAAAAGAAGAAGAAAAAGGCAAGGAGAAACAACCCGAGGAGAGUCAAAGAAAUGAUUCUUUUGAUGGGUUUGAUUCCAAUUUGACCAGUGCAACAUUAGUUUUAGAAAAGCAGAGCAAUUCUUGAGUUCUAGCACUUUUAUUGUAUAGAAAUGGAAAAUAUAAAGUAUUUGUUAUCCGCAGUGAUUUUGUCAUUCAUAAUUAUUUUGUUUGUUUCUAUGAUAGUGAAAUUUUCUACACUGUUAUAAAAUAAAAUCAUCAUUUUAUCUUUUUCUAUUC